AGUCAUCAGUAAAGCGAACGGUCACACCCCCACACUCUUCCGCAGAGAGAAAGAAGAGAGAGAGAGAGAGAGUGAAGGAGAGAAUGAGAGAGGGAGGGAGGAAUGGAGUGAUGGAGAUCUGAGAUCGGCAGCUUCGCUUCAGCGAGCUAGAGAGAGAGAGAGAGAGAGAGAGAGAGAGAGAGAGUUGCAGAGAGGGAGAGAGAGAUAGAGAGAGAAAGAGGGUCUUGUGUGUGUGUGUGUUUGAGAGAGGGAGAGAGGAUUGUAGGCGAAGAUGAUGACGGGGAUCGUGCAGGAUCAGAACCUGGAGAAGCACAUUGAGAAGCACAUCGGGUGCAUGGCCGGCUUCCUCCACAUCUUCGAUCGCCACCAGGCACUCGCCGGCCGGCGCCUCUACGCCCCCAAGCGCCUCCCUCCUUACACGGGAAUGAAUUCGGGUCGAGAGACGCCGAAGGCCGUCGAUUCUCCGGCGACGUCCGGAGAGCUCGCGAAGCCUCCGGCGGCCAGGGCGCCGCCGUCGCCGGAUCGGCCCUGGCCUUCCCCGCUAAAGGAGAUCCGGUCCACGGCGACGCCGGAGCCGGGGACGCCGGCGGAGGCGACGACGCCGGCCGCCGCCAGGUCGCCGCUCGCGUUCCCGGCGUUCGAGUUCAAGGAGGGCACGCGGUCUCCGUGGAAGUUCUCGAAGGAAGCACCGCGGCUCUCGCUCGACAGCAGGGCGACUACCGACGCUAAAGGGAGCCUCUACCCUCGCGAGAUCCGCACGAACGCCGCGAUCCUAUCGGCGGCCCGGCCUGGCGACAGGGCCGCCGGGGAGGCGGCGGGCGGCGGUGACGACGAGAAGCAGCGGCGGUCGCCGAGCGUGAUCGCGCGCCUCAUGGGCUUGGAGAACUUGCCUCGCCCGGAUCCGGAGCCGGCGAAGAAGGCGGAGCUCCGGAGAUCCGCUUCGGAGUCCAGAGUCAACAAAGACAUCUACCGGUUCAUGGAAGGGGCCUCGAGCGGUUACCACAUGAAUCAGCCGCAGCAAUUCAACGUGCAGAGCAAGGUCGCGAGCAAUGCGGUCGGAGUAAUUGCCGCCGCGAGAGGGGACAACAAGUCGAGCCUCGCCGGCGGCCAUGACUCGAGGAACGUGAAAGCAGAGACGGCGAAAGUUGCCCACAGAGGAUCGAUCCAGAGGAAGAGCUUCUACGACUCGACGGAGUUCUUCCCGGAGCUGAAACAGGCCGUGUCCAUCUACGAAGAGAUUGAGAAGAAACUGAGGAUGAGAGGCAUCGACGAGCCGUCGAAGGAUUUGGAGACGCGGAAGCAAAUCCUCGAGGCUUGGCAGCUGAAAGGCCUUCUCCACUCGAAGCGCAACGAUGCGAACCCGAUAAACAUCAUCUACGAGAGAAGUUUCAGCGACUCUCCAAUCGUGGUCGUGAGGCCGUCGAGGCCGAGCAAUCUUUAUGGCAGGAAUGGGAGCAAUUCACCGCCUUCGAGCUUCAGAUCGAGGCAGGCGGCUGCUCGCCGGAGCCCUGGCGCGGUGUCCGUGGAGGCGUCGCCGGCGGCGAGCCCACGGCGCGAGAAUGUGAGGGGUCAGAACAAGGGGAGGAGUUCGGUUUCGCCCAGUCGGAGCGACAAUGGCGUGAUGAGUCCAAGCAGGAGGAGGCCGCUGACGGUGGAGCCUCAGAGGAGAGCAAACGGCGGAGUCGCGGAGCAACGGCGGGUGUCUCCGGUUCAGUCCCCGAGGACUGGUUUGAGAAGGGCGGGGCCGGACCAGAGCACCACCACGACGAGCCGAUCUCCGAGGACUCGGAGAUUGACGGCCAAAGCUUACCAGGAGAUGGAGGAGGAGGAGGAGGGGAAGGCGUUUUUUCCCACAGAGGACGAGUCGUCCACCAUUUCGGAGAGCAGCAUCAGCACUCCAUCACAGACCGAUACGGAGAGAUCGAAGAUGGAGGAGUACAAGGAAGGGAAGAGCUUGCUGGAGAGGUGCGACAAGCUGCUGCACAGCAUUGCCGAGAUCACGGCGGCAGCAGAGUCGCAGCAGCAUCUGCCGAGCCCGGUGUCCGUGCUUGACCCAUCCUUCUACAAGGAGGAGUCGUCGCCCUCGCCCAUAAUGAAGCGCAGCAUUGAAUUUGAAGAUCAAGCGGCUGAACUGGAUGAUGAUGCUUGGAGUCCCAUUUCCCCAAUUUCCUUCAAACUCAAUGAGAAUGCGGAGGACGGUGAUUAUGUUUACAUCUCCGACAUUCUCCAGGCAUCCAGCUAUCUUCACGAGGACUCCGACUUGUUCUUGUUGCUGGAGAAGCAGCAGUAUCGCAAUGGGAAGGACACCUCCCAUGUCUCGAGACUCCAGAGGAGGCUAACAUUCGACACAGUCGCGGAGAUCCUCGACAGGCAGAGGCAAUUCCUCCAGUGGAAGCCCCUUUCCGUUGUCGCAAGCUCGGCUCUUGAGAAUCUGUCCUUACAGCAGAUAUGGUCAGAGUACCAGAGGAUCCGAGAGAGGGAUACCUCGGACGACCUGCUGGAAGUGAUCUGUGGGGUGCUGAGGAAGGAUCUAGCGGGGGACGCGAUCAACGGUUGGGACGGCUGUCCUGUGGAGGUGUCUGAGGCGGCUGUGGACGUUGAGCGGCUCAUAUUCAAGGACCUGAUCAGCGAGACCAUCCAGGACCUCGCCGCCUUCGCCUCGGACACCAAUAAAUUCCAGCCUCCCAGAAGGAAGUUGGUUUUCUGAAAAGCCAAAGGGGGGGAAAGAGAGAGAGGCCUGUGGUUGUAUUUACCAUUCUUCUGCGUGCCCUUUUGUUCUUUUAAGCUUUCCCUCCUUUUCCUUUUAUCAUCCUUUUGCACUUCCCUACUCCCAAGCUUGAUAAAAAUGUUUAAAUCCUAGUGUUAUAAGCCAGAAAACCAGGCGAUUUGCAAACCCUGCUUUGGCAAAAGGCGAGAGAUGGGCUCGAGAUUGUGUGCAUGUGCGAGCUUGCAUUGGAUUUGGCAAUCGAGGCUAAUCAUACCCUUUUUAGCGUUCAAUUAAGUGUAAUGAUGGAAAAGCUGAAAAGGAAAAGGGCCCUUGUAGUUUGCGCGGAAUUGAAGCGUAUACAUGCGUUUUCUUUGGCUCUCUCAGGAAUUUUUUUUGGGUUUGUUGUUGACUUGUCAAUUGAAUUUUUUCUUUUUA